AAUGGGUUUUGACAGCUUCUACGUUUUACAACUUGUUUACACAACGUACUUGGCCUAGCAGUUUUGUCCGUGAAAACUAAUUUAUAAAUUUUAUAUUUAAUGGAAUCAACAUACAAUUUCUUGGACCACAGACUGAAACCAUCGGUCCAUUGUGACGCAAUCGACGAUGACUUCCAUCCGGUUAGCAAUCUCAUCUCAAGUGACCAAAGGACCCUGGACGUUGGAUUCAUGGCGUACUCGGUAACGAAGCCUCCCGUUCAAAUAGUGUUUACGCUUCACUGCCCAAUAGUGGUCCACCGGCUGAAGCUGUGGGUUCACAUGGGAGCGCUAAAGACAACUGCCGUCGAUGUAUACAUCCAAAACAAACGAGGAACGUUCGAUAAAGUCGGGUGCGGAGAAUCGCCAUCCGCGGAGAUAUUUGAAUUUGUCAAUAACCGGAGAAUCUCGCCUACGUCUGCCUCAAUUGAUUUCCGAACAGCACAGUUUUCAUUAUUUCCCACUGUUGGCUAUUUGCUUGCCAGUUGUUCAACCAUAAAGCUGGUUCUGAAAAAGACAACCCGGUGUGUUCCGGUCCUCCGAAAGGUGGAGUGUUGGGGCCAACCAGCUCGAAACUGUCCGAAAGAUCUAAAGGACACAAUCCAGGCAAUGUGGUACAAACCUGCAGUGCCCCAAGAAAUCGUAACAUCGAUAGCAUCAGAAAAACCUCAAGCCGUAACUGCCGAUACACCGGAAGAAUUCUUAGAUGAGCUGACCUGUGACAUCAUGACAAUUCCAAUGAUACUACCUUCGGGAAAAUUAGUUGACCAAUCGACAAUAGAGAAACACAACCAGCAGGAACAAAAGUGGGGUCGACAAGCUUCCGAUCCGUUCACAAGCCUUAUCUACACCGAAACGAGGAAACCGAUCUUCAACGCUGCACUCAAGUCACGCAUAGACCAAUUUCUCAUCAAGCAUUCCAACGUGGCGCAGUUCCAGCAGGUCCCGCGCACUGUCGGCACUAAUCUAAGAGUCGCAUCAAUCAAUCUCAACUCAAACAUCCUCCCGAAACUGUCCAGAAAACGAAAACUGGACUGUGAUCCCCCGGAACUAAAUCUCUCCUGUUCUUCACUGGAAAGCGCAGUUCGGAAGGCUCUGGCCACCACCACCAGAUACACACUGGCCCUCGAUACGGGUAAGGAUCCAUUCGAAAACGCCUGUCACAGUUGCAUGAAGAGCCGGGGAAAUUUCUACAAAAUCGCAACUUGUCAGCAUUUGAUCUGUCGAGACUGUUUGGAUGCGCAAGCACAAAGUCCGUCGAACUGCUGCAAGUGCAGCUGUGGCAUCAGGUUCGAACGGAAAUCAGUGGAAAAGCAUCACGUUAGUUGAGGUGGUUACUAAAUAAAGUUUAAUCUAAUCGAA